AUGGAUGACUUUUCUAUGAUCAGUGACCAUAGUAUGCUAUUCCAAGUCCACAGCAUGUUCAGUGCUGAAGAAUGCCUAGUUACCCGAAGUUCUUCAGGCGUUCUUUCGACUGGAGGCAAGACCGUCCCAGCACCACUCCAAGAUAAGGGGGAUGAUAUGUUCUUCUCCGACUGGCCUGAGCUGGUCGGCUUUGACGAUCUCGAGGAAAGCCUGAGAAAUUUCGAGCCUACGUUUGAGAUAGGGAGCAAUUAUUUCGAGGACAUACUAUGGUCCUCUCAUUGCUCACCAGAAGCUCAGCUAGUACGGAACGGCUACUCUGACGAUAUUGAUUUCUCAAUUGAUCGAAACGACAGCAACACUAUGAAGGUAAAUACGACAAAAACCAAGCAACAGUCCAGCAGAAAUGGAGCAAGCAGUAGUGGUACAGCCUCGAAUUAUGAUGCACAUGGCAGCUCCUCUUCCGGUCUUUCGGAUGCCGAACUCUUCCUCCCGUUUGAUGAUACAGCACUCGCGAGCCAAACGGGUGGCUGGGAGGGGCUAGAGGCUAUUCUUUGUUCAAGUCCGGCAAUGCGAGUAGUCCCAGUCCCAGCGGCAUCAAGCACCAUGUGCACCGAUGGUUCGUCUACCUGUUGCUCAGGGCCAGACACCGUUACUGAGCAUGUCCCUCGUUCUGCUGCGACGAAGACUAGAGACCCGUUUAAUGGAGCUCCAGAUACAAUCCUGGAGGAGAUGGCUGAAAACCCACUGGACAUGUACUUUCCUCCACUGGCAACAUAUGAACAGCCUGAGACGAUGUUGAUGAGCGACACCACUUCAGCGCCGAAACAUCAGUUCCCAGAAGAGUUUGCAGGCAGCAGCUGCGCUCCGAGCUGUGCAGAGUUACAGUUCGGUUCGGAGGACAUGGGUUCUGCAGGAUUACAUGGGCACCUUGGCUCGGCAGUAGUUCUGGAUGCCGUGCCAGUAAAGGAUCUUUCCUUUCAGAAGCUUCAGUAUGGCAUGAAUCAGCUUGAUCUGGCGACCAAAGGACGCAUAAGGGAUUCCCUAUACCGGUUGGCCAACAGGCUUGAACAAAGGCAUCGUCUUGCUAGUGCAAGUGGAGGAUUGGGAUCAUCGGGUUCAAAUAGGUUUGAAUCAGGCAGAUGGGCCGAGACGCAGACGAACCCCAUGGAUCAGACAGUAGCACAGCUCCUGCAGCAGAAACCCUCUUACCGGAAGACUGUCGCGCCGCACCGUGUGACAUAG